AUGGGGUGGUGGACACUGAUUGCCGUAAUCCCUAUCAUGUUAUACAUUAUCCACCCGUUGUGGACACUCUAUGACAUGGACGCGAAGUCUUUGAUAUUGUUGGCGAUAGCGGUAAUCCUUGUGACCAAAUGGAUUGUCCGCAAACUUGAGCCGCGGACUCGACCGACUCGAGCCCAGGGAAGGGUCGCCAACAAUGACACAAAUAGUGGCAACGGUUGCCGUUCAUUGAGAGCCAUGUUCUCGGGUGACCCGAAAACGACAUUAUUUGACCCAAAUUUGGUCAAAAUGCUGAAUGAAUUACAGGACACACUCAAUGACAGCCUUGCGUUGGAUUUGCCGCAAAUAGUGGUCGUCGGCGGACAGUCGUCGGGAAAGUCCAGUGUUUUGGAGAGUAUUGUUGGCCGCGAUUUCCUGCCCCGCGGGUCGGGUAUUGUCACCCGAAGACCACUUGUGCUACAAAUAAAGUCAGACAAAACCAACACCAGAGAUUUCGGUGUAUUUCUUCAUUUACCCGAAAAGAAAUUUUACAAUUUCAACGAAAUCAGGGAUGAAAUCAUUGCCGAAACCGAUCGAGUAGUGCCCGAAAGUAGAGGAAUAUCACCGAAACCAAUCAAUCUGAGGAUCCAUUCCUCUGAAAUGUUGGAUCUAACUCUAGUAGAUCUGCCGGGAAUGACAAGAGUGGCCGUUGGGAACCAACCCAAAGAUAUUGAGUUUCAAAUUGAGAGAAUGAUUUUGGAUUACAUUUCGGGCGAAAAUUGUCUCAUUUUGGCCGUCACUGCAGCCAAUCAGGAUUUGGCGACAUCUGAUGCACUAAAACUGGCCAAUAAAGUGGAUCCGGAGGGCAACCGCACUAUCGGUGUUCUCACAAAACUGGAUCUCAUGGAUAAGGGAACCGAUGCUCGGAAUAUACUGUUAGGAAAACAUGACAUCCGUUUGAAGAGGGGUUUCCACGGAGUGGUUAAUCGGUCACAAAAAGACAUCGAAGGAAACAAAAAAAUGAGGAAAGCAAUGGAAGACGAGCACAAGUUCUUUGUGGAUCACCCCUCGUAUGGGCCAUCGAUGGCCAAACGUAUGGGUAUUGAAUAUUUGAAACAAUUCCUUCAGAAGGAACUGUUUGAACACAUCGCCAAUCGGAUGACACCAAUGAUGACCAAAACAGAAGAGAAAUUAAGACAAAUUACUGAAGACUUGGAGGGAAUUGAGUUCCCGGAGGACCCGAUGGAAAAGCAAAGAAUUUUGGUUCAAACGAUUGAAAAGUUUUGCAAACAUUUCAAGAGCUCAAUGGGAGGUAACGGUUGGGAAGUGGACGUCAAUGAUCUGAGUUGUGGUGCGAUUAUCAAUGUCCUGAUGAACGACACGUUUCCCAAACAAAUUGAUCUCUUGUUUUACGACGAGAAGCGUUUGGGCCGUAGAAUCGCGACGGCUAUACAAAACUCUUCGGGCACUCGUUUGGAUGUUUUCAUUCCCAACACCGCAUUCACCACAUGUUUUGGCCCACAAAUAGAAUUGUUCAAAAAGCCGUCAAUCGCUUGUGUCGAUUGGGUUACCGAUGAAAUUAGGAAAACAAUUAACAAAUGUUUGGAUGAUAUCAACUGUUUUCCUAAUUUAAAGAAAUCCUUCGCCGACUUAACUCUCGAUUUUGUUCGCGAGUCUAAUAAAGAGUGCAAAAAAAUUGUCGACCAUUUGAUUAAAGUGGAGAAAUGCUAUCCAAACACACGUCACGAAGACUUCAUUGAAAUGAUUGGUGAUAUCAAGACUACACCGAUAGCACCGGUACAAGUGAAUGGCACGGCUUUAGCGGUUCAACAAAACGCACAAAAUUUGAAAUGCGAUUGGAUUUCAUACCAGAAGAAUGACUUGUGGUUUGUUCUCAGAGAUAACACUCUUUACUGGUUUAGAGAUGAGAAACAAAAUGGCAAAAAAGGUUCACUGGAUUUAAAUGGCUGUCAAAUGGUGUUCAAUGGUUGGAAACUGGCUAUCAUUUUGCCAAAAUCUUAUCGCAUUAUCAGUGACUUUAUAUUGGCUUUUAAUUCGGGUGAAGCGAUGGCCAAAUGGUAUCAAUGGUUAGUAGAGGCGGGCGUUACGAGAAGUACGAGAAUCGCUCAAACCAUUGAUUGGGAUUCAAAAUGUGACGAGUUUUUUGAAAGCGGUUCCCAAUUGAGUGCCAAUGGUUUGCCUCAAGACAUGUCGUUUCCCGACGUAAUGAAACCACAAGUGGAUGAAGUGAAGAGAUAUCUUCACACAUAUUUCGUGAUACUUAAGAAGACAUUUAAGGAUCGUUUGCCUAAAUUGUGUCAAUUAGAGCUCAUAAACGCCACCUCAGAGUUCAUUGAAAAAGAACUUCGGAAACGAAUUAUGGAUCAGUUCUCGACAAUCGAUGAAAUCAUUGGCGAAGAUCCCGACAAAGAGCUGAGGAUUGAGUUAUUGAAUAAGAAGAAGGAUUACAUCGAAGCCAUUGCUAUAAUGGAUAAGUACUCCAAAAUGAGACUUUGA